UCACUUGUCUGAUUUGUCAAAAAAAAUGGCGAAUCGGACUGUAAAGGACGCGAAGUCUAUCCGCGGUACUAAUCCGCAAUAUUUAGUGGAAAAGAUUAUACGGUCGCGUAUUUACGAUUCAAAAUAUUGGAAAGAAGAAUGUUUCGCUUUAACUGCAGAGCUAUUAGUAGACAAAGCUAUGGAAUUACGUUAUCUGGGAGGCGUGCACGGCGGCUUCAUUUACCCAACACCGUUUUUAUGUUUACUUUUAAAAAUGCUACAAAUACAACCUGAAAAAGAUAUUGUGGUUGAAUUUAUUAAAAACGAGGAGUUUAAAUAUGUACGCGCUUUAGGUGCCUUCUAUAUGAGACUUACUGGUACAUCACUGGAUUGUUAUAAAUAUUUAGAGCCCCUAUACAAUGAUAACAGAAAAUUACGGCGACAAAAUCGUGACGGACAAUACGAGUUAAUCCACAUGGAUGAGUAUAUCGAUGAGUUGUUGCGUGAGGAACGUUUAUGUGAUGUUAUUUUACCGCGAAUUCAAAAAAGACACAUACUUGAAGAAAAUAAUGAAUUAGAGCCAAAAGUAUCCGCUCUAGAUGAUGACUUGGACGAAGAUGUGCCUUCAGAUGAAGAAAUUGUUGAUACUGAGACCAAAGAAAAUAGAAAGGAAAAAGAUAGACGAGACAGAGAUAGAAGACGAGACAGAUCUCGUGACCGUGAAAGACGUGAUAAAGACCGUAAAAGAGAAAGAUCAAGAAGUAGAGAUCGUGACAGAAGAUGGGAAAGGGAAAGAGAGAGGGAGCGAGAUAGAGAACGAGUUCGUGAUCGUGAAAGAGACAGAGAAAAGGAGAGAAGGGAACGGCAUGAAGUCGAUAGAAGAAGAGAUAGAGGGCGCUAUUAAUGUAAGAAUAAAUAAUUAUGAUAA